CUCUAAAAAGUCGUUCGGGUAAACUCCAGAGAGAGAAGGAGAGAGAGAAGAAACUGUAAAUUUUUAGCCUUUUGGGUGUUUGUUUCUCUUCCUUUGUCUUUCGCAAAGCAAAGCAAAACAAAGGCAAAGAAGCAAGUCGUCUUGGCUUGGGUAGUAGUAAUGGGGGAAGAGAGAGAGGACCCACAGAAGCUGAAGAGAAUAGCGGCGGCGGCGUACGACUACGACAACGAUCCCAGAUGGUCCGAUUACUGGUCCAACGUCCUCGUCCCUCCUCACUUGGCUUCUCGCUCCGACGUCCAAGACCACUUCAAGCGCAAAUUCUACCAGCGCUACAUCGAUCCUGAUCUUGUGGUAGAGUCAAUGUCCACCGGCAGUUCUUCGCAGUCAGCGAGACCGGCAUCAUCCUCGACGGAAACACCACCUUCAAACGAUCAACCUCGUUCACGUGGCACUGGUUCAACUGCUCGAACUUCUGGAACAUCAGCAAAUGCAGGUUCCGGUCCUACUUCUCUGCGAUGGGACCGACAAACCAUUCAGUUCUCCGUCAAUGCUUGGGUGUUUAUUGUGGCUGUGCUGGCUAUUUUUCCAUUAGUACCUAAAGGCCUUUCACAUAGGGCAUAUCGACUUUCGUUUAUGGGAACUGCAUGUUCCUCUCUGUACUCCGUGUACUCGUUAUACGGGAAACCAAGGGCUUGGAACUUGCAGGCCUUGCAAGUUUACUUCCAAUCCAUCAUCGCGACCAAGGAUUUUAUCUAUUUUAUUUACUGCCUUACUUUUGGGACAUCACACCUUUGCCUCAAAUUUGCAUCGAUUCCCAUAUUAUGUCGAGCUCUUGAAAAUGUUGCCAAGUUCCUCAGGCGCAACUUCAACAGAUCCUCCUUGUACAGGAAGUACUUGGAAGAACCUUGUGUUUGGGUAGAGUCAAAUACAACAACUCUGAGCAUACUCUCCUCGCAGGCUGAGAUUGGAGUUGGCUUUCUUUUGAUCAUCUCUGUUUUCUCAUGGCAUCGCAACGUUAUACAGACUUUCAUGUACUGGCAGCUACUGAAGCUGAUGUAUCAUGCCCCUGUGACCGCUAGCUACCACCAAAGCGUGUGGACUAAGAUCGGGAGGAGUGUUAAUCCGCUCAUCCAGCGGUAUGCUCCAUUCCUUAAUUCUCCACUUUCGGCUGCUCAGAGAUGGUGGUUCAGGUAGAAACGCAGAAGAGAAAGAAGGGGAGAGGGAGGUUAAUCCCCGGGGAUUUCCUUGGACUACUUUUGCCAUAAAGCAAACAUGACUAUCAGAUAUACAAUCAAGAUGGUCUCUUUGAUUCGAUAUAGACAGUUUUUGACAGAAAUACUAUUUGGAUCUAGUUCCAAGCUUUAACAAUGAACUGCGGCUAAUAAUUCUUGCAUGGGACUAAUCCAAGUACUGAUUUUGUUUUUAUUUAUUUUUACAUUUUAAAUUUAAGCGCUGUGUUUGAUCUGCACUGAGAAGUGUUUUUCUUAUGAUCUUAUCCAUCAAAAU